AUGAGAAGGAAAAGCAAGAUGACUUUCAAACGUAGGAACGGAGGGAGGAACAAGCACAACCGUGACCAUGAUAAGGCGAUUAAGAGGUUUAUUGUAAGGAACAUUGUGGAGCAGACUGCGAUUAGAGAUGUUCAGGAAGCCAGUGUCUACGAUGGGUACACACUACCAAAGCUAUAUGCGAAGAUGCAAUAUUGUGUCUCGUGUGCUAUUCAUUCUCAUGUUCUUAGAGUCCAAUCCCGCACCAACCGUAGGGUUCGUAUUCCGCCUCCACGUUUUGCUAGACGCAAGAAGAUUUUCUUGUUGAUUAAAAAUACAGUGUUCAAAGAACAAGUAACAGCUCUACAAGCUCAAGGAAUAUCAGAGCUAAUGCCACCAGAGGUUGCCAAAGCGUUAUGUGGUCCAGAGAAAUCUUCUUUGAAGUUGGUCAGAUCAGAUCACCAUUUCUUUACAUUCAUAUCACCAAUGAUGACUCGCCGUGACGUUCUCCUCCUCUCCUUCCUCCUCAUCGCCACAGUGUCUUCAGUCGCAUUCGCAGACGAUGAAGCAGAUUGCGUCUACACAUUCUACCUUCGAACCGGAUCAACCUUCAAAUCCGGUACCGAUUCGAUCAUAAGCGCUCGACUCUACGACAAAUACGGAGACUACAUUGGGAUCCGAAACCUAGAGGCAUGGGGUGGUUUAAUGGGACCAGGCUACAACUACUACGAGAGGGGCAAUCUCGACAUUUUCAGUGGGAAAGCGCCGUGUCUUCCGAGCCCAAUCUGUUCAUUGAAUCUAACAUCCGACGGCUCCGGCGACCACCACGGCUGGUAUGUUAACUACGUGGAGGUUGCGACGGUCGGAGUUCACGCUAAGUGCGCGCAACAAAGCUUUGAAGUUGAGCAAUGGCUUGCGACCGAUACGUCGCCGUAUGAGCUCACUGCCGUACGGAACAACUGUCCGGUUAAGCUCGGGGAGAGUAUUGGUCGGGUCGGGUCUGAGAUCCGGAAGACUCUCUCUUGGAUCGUGUGA